AUGUAUCACCAGUGGAAUAUACAUCUUGAACGGAAAAAUAAGAGGACAUCUCUAAAAUCUAUUAAUGAUGCGACAAAAACUGGAAAUAAUGUCACGCAACCUAAAGAUACUGAUGAAAUAUUUCAGGGAAAGUUAGAUUUGGAAUUUCCAAGCAAUGUUAAGAUUGUGCGAAUAUUUACCAGUAGCACAUUUACAGACACUAGCCAUGAGAGGAAUAACCUCAUGGAACGGGUCUAUCCCAAACUCAAGACAUUCUGUAAGGAGAAUGGAUAUGAAUUUCAGGUUGUAGACAUGCGUUGGGGUGUACGUGAUGAAAGUGGAAAUGAUCAUCUGACUACAGAGCUCUGUAUGCAAGAACUGGCCUAUUGUCAAAAACUCUCAACUGGACCAAACUUUGUGACAUUCCUGUCUCAUAAGUAUGGCUAUAGGAACAUACCUAGAGUCAUUGAUGCCUUGGAGUUUGAUCAACUCAUUGAAGCAGUAGAGAAGAAAGACCCAACAGCAUAUUCAGUUUUGAAAAAGUGGUUUGAUAAAGAUGAGAACAGCGUUCCCGUGUCUUACAUCCUACAACCCAUUGACACACAUCUGCCAGAUUAUGUAAGUGAAGACAGUGAAAAGAAGGGGGCAGCUAAGCAGACAUGGUGGGAGGAUUCCACCUUGAUGCAUGCUGCCCUCCAAGAUGCUUCAUUUGAAGUCCUGGCUGGGGAUGCUAAGGGUGACAAGUACACAAUUUCAGUGACUGAGGAUGAAAUCACCAGAGGCAUUUUAAACACUUCCAAUGCAGAUGAACAUUGUGUCUGGUUCAGGAGGAUCAUCACAGACAUUGGAGACCAACCACCAAACAGGCUUCUGUCUCGAUAUAAAGACUGUAAGGAUGGUACCAUAGACAGGGAUUCUGAGAUGAUGGUGAGCAAUCUUGCAUCGAAGAAGAUUUCCACUGUUCUACCAGCUGACAGUAUCAAAGAAUACCAAAUCAAAUGGGCAGAAAAUGGUGUGGACCCUGCAAAUGAACCUCUCCAUCAAGAGUAUAUAGAUAGUCUCUGUGAGGACUUUGAAACGACCAUGAGGAAGAUGAUAACUGAUGGUAUUAACCUGAAAGAGAAGCAACAAGUGCAGGGAGCUCUAUAUGCAGAGAUUGUUGAACACAGCUCAUUUGCACAGGACAAAUACAAGUCCUUUCAAGGAAGAAAAGAUGUCUUAAAGGAGAUAAAAAAUUAUAUAGAUGGCGUUGGUUAUGAGAAUCACCCAUUUGUUGUACAUGGACAAUCAGGCAGUGGAAAGACAUCAAUCAUGGCUGCUGCUUCUAAACACUGUUGGUCUUGGAUACAUGAACACACAAACAGAAAAGGUGCUGUCAUUCUCAGGUUUAUUGGUACAACUCCAGAUAGUUCACACAUCAGGACACUGUUGCUUAGCAUAGUUCAACAAAUAAAGAAGAUAUAUGAUGAUACUUCACCCACACCUGAGGACAUGAAACCAUUACAGAAAGAAUUUGUUCGUGUUCUAAAGCAUGCAAAUGUACAUUGCCCCCUGGUAUUGUUUCUUGAUUCAUUGGACCAGUUUGACCAGGAUGGUGGAGGCAGGCAGGUUGGGUGGCUCCCUCUUAAUCUACCCGACCAUGUGAAAAUUGUCGUGUCAACACUACCUGAAGCUCAAUACCUUUGUUUUCCAGCUCUUAAGUUGAAAAUUCAGGAUCCCAAAUACUUCCUUGAAGUGCCUGUGUUACCUCAGAGAGAUGUGAACACCAUCUUGCAACAGUGGCUCUCUGGUGCGAAUAGAACACUAACCAAAACACAAAUGAAACUUGUGAUUGGUGCCUUUGAAUCUCUCCCAUUACCCCUCCAUCUUAAACUUUGCUUUGAUGAGGCCACUCGUUGGAAAUCAUAUUCAAAGCCAGAUGAGACGAUCUUGAAAGCGACAGUACAGGAAAUGAUUAGUAUGUUGUUUGCAAGGGUUGAGAGAGUACACGGAAAGCUACUUGUUUCUCGUACAUUGGGAUACAUGACUCUGGGACGCAGUGGUUUGACAGAGGCUGAGCUUGAAGAUAUCCUGUCAUGUGAUGAGGAUGUGUUGAAUGAUGUAUACCAAUAUUGGACACCCCCUGUGCGGCGCCUACCCCCUCUAUUGAUGGUCCGUAUCAAGGCAGAUCUUCAGCAGUAUAUUGUUGACCGAGGGGCAGAUGGGGUAACUGUGAUGUACUGGUAUCACAGGCAGUUUGUAGAAGCUGCUGGAGAGCGUUACUGUAGCAACCCUGAUGAAGUAAGGUUGAUGCAUUCCAAUAUUGCAGAUUUCUUCCUGGGAAAAUGGCAAGAUGGUAAAGCAAAGCCAUUUGUUGAUAAAUCAGGAAAAUCUGGAGAGGGCGAUCGGUUAGUUGCGUCACAGCCUCUUAAGUUCAAUAAGAUCUUCAACCUGCGUAAGCUCAAUGAAUUACCCAUGCAUCUCAGAAUGGCAGGGAGAUUUGACGAACUCAUGGAACAUGUGUUGUUCAAUUUAGACUUCAUGUAUACAAAAAUGUGUGCAACCUCAGUCAGGAGUGUCCUAGAAGACUUCACUGAUGCCAGUUACAGUAUGCCUGAUAAUGCUGAUCUAACAGCUGUACGUGAAGCUAUUCAGUUGUCUCAGGCUGCACUUGAAGAUGAUUGUAGCCAACUACCUGCUCAAAUCUCAGGAAGACUUUCUAAGGAUAUUGGGGAUCUGCUGAAGCAAUGUAUGGAGACUACAACUAUCUCACAUAUUCAGCCAUCUAAUAUCAUGCUCACACAACCAGGGGGUCAACUCACACAUGCCUUGAAUGAACAGGCAGACUCAAUUACUAUUACUCAGGAUGGAAUGUUUGCAGCAACAGUCAGUAAGGAUGCAGGUUGUGUUAAAAUCUGGAAUGUACAAGAGGCUGUUUGCAUCCAAACGUUUGAAAACCUCGGAGAGUAUAAUCGUAUCAACUAUGCCGUUGAUGACACAUAUAUUGUCUGUGGAACAAAUACAUCAGGGGAUAAAACAGGGUACAUUUUGCUGAUCAACCUUUCUAAUGGAGCAAUACAUGAGGAGGAAUUAAGUGAGGAACACGCACCUUAUAAUCUCAUGAGGGAUCUCAGGCGGAUUGUUUAUAUCAGUGAAAGAUACAUGUUCAUUUAUGACAUAGUGACAAGAGAAAAAGAGGAAAUUAGACGUAUCAAGAAGUUCAGGAGAAAAAACUUGGAUAGAUAUCAGAUUUGUGGAGGAUCAAGGUAUAUUGUCUACGGCACUGGAUCAAACAGGAUUGGUGGAUUUGACAUGGAAACUGAUGAAUACUAUGAUGAGAAGGAGCUGGUGAUUACACGCAGUAAACCAGAAGAUACUGAUGACAAUGAUGAUCAGGAGGAUGAGCAAUUUGAGUGGGUUCUACUGAACCAUGAUGAGACAAAGAUUGUUGUUUUUUCCUCCUAUAACUUCACUAUCCAUGUUUUCUCAUGGCCUGAGAGAGAGCAACUUAUGGUCAUAGAAGAUGACAACUUAGUAGAUGGUGAGCCCCAUCAAAUAAAAUGGAUGCCUAAUAAUGUUAACCAGUACUACUCACCAUCAUCUGAAGAAAUCUCAAUCAUUGAUAUAUCCACUGGAACAGUGCAAAUAAUGGCCAAACAUGCUUCCCCCAUCAAUGAUGUUGCUAUGGCAACAAGUAAACAAGCUGUUACCUUAGCGAUGGAUGGAAAGCUAAGGAUAUGGGACCUAACAAGAGUUGAUCAAGAGCAACCUAAAGAAAAUCAAAUGGAAGAGGGAACUGCAAGUACCAAAAGGCUGUUUCCAAUUGUAGGUAAUGAUAGGUACAUAGCAUGUACAUACUCCGCAAACUAUGGAAACAAGAAUCCUCGCAAUGGCACCCAGAUAGCGGUAUAUGACCUUAUGGAUGAUAAAAUGGCCAGGCGCAUACAACUUGUACAUGAAGGCAGACCAAUCUCUAAAUACAUAGACGAUUUGAAAUUCAUUGAUUCAACCCAUGCCGUGUGUAGACUUCAAGAACCAUCUAAAAAAUGUGACGUGUUAGUCUUGUGUGACAUGGAGGCAUCAACUAUUGUACACAUGUUUGAUGUUCAUUUGAAUGACACCUGGAAUGACUUCUGGUUGGUGAAUGACAACAAAGAAGUUUUAUGCAUGUCUCCAUCCCGCCAUUACAUUAGAAUCUUGGAUAUUGCCACAGGAUGCGCUGUACAUAAUAUAGCUGUGAAUUCUGAUAUUGAGGGCUCGGUUAUUGAAGAUGAUAUGCCGAUAAGCCCUGAUAAUACCUUAAUUGCCUUAAGACCAAUAGAUAGAAAGUCAGAAGAUCCGAAGAAAUUUGAACUUCACAUCUACGAUAUACCUUCACGGAAAAAAGUAACAGUUUUCACCAGGGAAUCUUCAGGGCUUGACAGUAUGGUAGAGGAAGAAAAUAAGAAUGAUGAUUUGACAAGGAUCUAUAUGCAUAUGUCCAAAUUUACAAAAGACAACAGGUUCAUCAUAAUAGUUAUGAAACAUGGGUUCAAUUUGAAUAUCAAUGAGGAACAGCAAUACAUGGAUGAAUCGGUGCCACAUGUGGUUGAUAUAAAAUCAGGGAAACUGUUACAUAACAUGGCUGAUGUUGAUUAUGCAGUGAAGUACCAUAAAGAGAAUGGCAAAUUCAGGUUCCCUGGAAUUGGUACAGAUGAAAUAUUGGCUCUUUAUGGCAGCAUUGUACUUAUAUCAUGUAAUGAUAUAAUGAGAAUUUAUGAUGCUAGUUCAGGAACCUUGCUACAUAGACUGUUUGGACAUGAGGGCACUCAACCUUUCUUCCGAGAUCGUAUAGAUUCUAACACUUUUGUCACAAUAGAGAAUGACGAGGACAAAAAAUUGAUUGUGUGGGAUGGCCGAUCAGGAAAACUCUUGGCUUCUUUUAGCACUGAUGAUGAUCUGUAUUACUCCUAUGUCCAAUCUAGACAUAUAGAUGGCAGCAUUGUGUUUACUGUGUCAGGGUUAGAUUCGGACAAGAUAGGAACAUUCCGCACACUGACCUUUAAGAAUUGCCCUGAAGGUCAGCUGCUUCCCUACACACCCAAUUACGACGAGGUUUUUAAAGGCACAAAGUUGGAUCUGCAGCUAGAUAUAAGCACGCUAUCUUAUGAUAAUAUCAAAGAUGAUUUUGAAGACCCUAAAAAAUAUGAAGACGAUUAUGAGGAUGAUGAUGACAAUGAUUACAAUGAUGAUGAUGAGGAAGAUAGUGAUCUGAACUGA